CGCAAGCAUCAACAUGGAGGUUCUAGCGGACAUCUCUGAUCUUCUCGUGGACGCGCUGCCGCCACCGACGCCUGCAGCAGAUGCUGCCGCGCCAUUAGGGUUCUUGGACGACUUGAUGCCAAGCGACGUGAACGAUUUACCGCCUCCUGAAUAUGCACAAGACGAACAGGUUGAAAUUGACGACGAGGACGACGACGACGGGGUUGAACGCGUCGCGGAGCCGCCGUACAUACCAGAAAUCGCACAGUGGAGCUCGGACGACGACUUCGAGGAAGUCGAGGAAGAGGAGACCAAGAGCAAGAAUUCGAAAGGCCGCAAGAAGCGACGGAUUGCCGAGAUCAUCGACGAAGAGGACCUCGAACAAGACACGAUUUUGGCGCGAAACGAGGAACAAGCACGCGCGAAACUGUUCAAGGCCGACGAGACACCCACGAGCUUUGGACGGACAGAGGAUGGACGAGUGUGCUUGAACCCACUCCCGGACGGCACGAUUCCAACGGGGGCCGUCGGCGCCGCGGACGCGCCAGUCUUGGUCGACGACUAUAUCUCGUCCAAACUCAAACCGCAUCAAGUCAAGGGCAUUCGAUUCCUGUGGAGCCACAUCUCUUCCGGUCCCAAGGGCUUUGGGUGCAUUUUGGCCGACUUUAUGGGCCUCGGCAAGACGCUGCAAGUGAUCACGACCGUCCAUUCGUUCCUGAACGUCAUGACCGUGUACGACGACGACACGUCGUCCGAGUACGCCAAGUACAACACGGCGCUCAUCCUUGCGCCGGCGAUCUGCGUGCGCAACUGGGAGUCCGAGUUCACCAAGUGGCUGAGUGCGCGCCAACUCGCGCGUCUUCAGCUCACGACCCUCGAAGCCGACAAGUCCAUCUCCGAGCGACUGAAUGCCAUUCUGUCAUGGCAUAACCUCGGCGGGGUCAUGGUAAUGGGGUACGAAAUGUAUCGCAACAUUGUGCUGCAAGCCACGGGAGUAGAAAAAAUGCGCGGGAAGACUACGGCCGACCUCCAGCGCCGCAUGAAAGAUGCGCUCGCGUGUCUGUGUGCCCCUGGCCCCGACCUCAUCGUGCUGGACGAAGGCCAUCGCAUCCGAGACGCCAAAUCCAAGCUCGUGAAAGCUCUGUCGCAUGUUGAAACAAGGCGACGCAUCAUCUUGACGGGGUAUCCCAUCCAAAACCACAUGAAGGAGUACUGGACCAUGGUCAACUUUGCGCGGCCCAACUACCUCGGCACACUGCAAGAGUUCAAGAACCGAUUCGUGGACCCAAUCGAGAACGGCCAGUUCGAAGACUCUUCAGACGUGGACAUUGUCCUCUCCCGUAAACGCACGUUCAUUCUGACCAAGGAACUGUCGACGUUGGUGCUGCGGCGGGAUGCUGGGUAUCUCCACCGCCAGCUGCCAGCCAAGCACGAGUUUGUCCUACUGUGUAAGCUAUCGCCAUUGCAGGUUCGCAUUUACAAGGCAUUUCUCCGGGAUGGCGUGCCCCGUAAUCCGUCGAGUGGCAAGAUUGAUGUGCUGGGCGGGUACCACAUUUCGCUGGCGAUUGUAAACCAUCCAGAUGUGCUGUACAAUGCACUCCCGGGCAAAGACGACGCGCCUCCACCGCCGCCGCCCCCCGCCGCACUCACAGCACCCGAAGAUGUGGACAGCGACAUUGAAGCCGUGGAGGCCGUGGUACGCACGAUGGGCCACCGGUUGAGUUUUGCCGAGCCUUUGUUUGGACCCGACUACUCGAAAGGGAUUGUCGAGCACAGUGGCAAGAUGGUGCUGCUGCUGCACAUUUUGCGCGAAUGCCGCCGUAUUGGGGAUCGGAUCACAGUGUUUUCGCAGAGCAUUCCCACGCUAAAUGCGAUCCAGACCAUGCUGGACGUGUACAACGAGACCAAAAAAGAGUACGAGCGCAUCAACGCCCUCCGCAUCGACGGCAGCACGCCGCAGGCCCUGCGGUUCACGCGCAUCGCCCAGUUCAAUGACCCCGACGAAGAAGUCGACGUCAUUCUCAUCUCGACGCGCGCGGGCGGUGAAGGCGUGAAUUUGUGCGGGGGUAACCGCGUGGUGAUUUUCGACGUGUGCUGGAACCCGUGUCAUGAUGCGCAGUCCAUGUGUCGAUCGUACCGAUUUGGCCAAGCAAAGCCCGUGUACGUGUACCGAAUCAUUUCUGCCGGCACGAUGGAGAAAAAGGUGUACGACUUGCAAGUAAAGAAAGAAGGCGUGAGUAAACGGGUGGUGGACAACACGGCACUCGAACGCAAGUUUCAAAAGCUGGACGUAAAAAAGUACUUUGACAUUCACGACUUUAAGGACGCGCAGACCAAGUUACUCAAACACGACAACAACAACAGUACUACUAGUAUUACUAGUAGUAGUAGUACUAGCCACUCGUCUCAACCAACCACCGACCAAGUGCUCAACAGUGUUUUGGCCACGCGGUCUACGUUUCUGGCCGAAUGGUUUGAACAAGAAAGUAUGUUUGAAGAGAAUAUGGACGAGCGGUGCUCGGCACUAGAACAAGAAGAAGCUUGGAAGGAAAAUGAGAUUUCCAAGGCGGCUCGGGGCAUUCGAUACUAUCAAGUGGACAGCGCUGCAUCCAUCAAGCGCGUGAUCUGCACCCAGUGCAACCAGUCCAACCCUGUCACAGACGUCGAUUUGGAGAAUUUGAGCUUGGAGUGCUCCGAGUGCGACACAACACUGGACCUCACAGACCCUGACCGUAUCGUAACAGUGAGCACCAAGAACCAUCCUGAAGUAGCGCAAAUGCAGUACUUGCACCAGCUCCAACAGCGCCAACGGGAGCUGGCCAUGGCCGCCCACCAAGGGACCCCCCUACAACCUCAAGCCCCAUCCUAUGCGCAACAACUGGAGGCGCUCAUGACUCGGCCGCUUCCGUCGUCGUUGAGCAACCUCGUGGCCGCCGCGGCCGCUGCUCCAUACCCUCCACGUACGUGCCUCUACUAGUCUUUUGAGUGUAUUUCGUAAACAGGUUUGAAUUUUGAAUCGUUUUCUGUGGCUACCGUCGAGAUUUUCAAAAUAAAAAUAAAAAAAAAAUGUUAUUUAAUAAAUGAAAUACAAUAAAUUUCAAUAAAUUUUGCUUCUCACAUAUGUGUAUUGUUGUAUGUAGGGGGCCACCCACACCCCAACCCAGCCUAUCCUGCCGUGAUUUCAUUAGCAGAUGAUGCAGCGCGUCCGCCGCAACUCCAUCGCCGCACUCGCAUCCUGUUUCUUCGUCGCGGGUUGGACCGAUCGCUUGUGGAAGACUUGCGCACCCGCGCGACCAGGUUGGACGGUGUACACUUUACGGUACAGUUGGACACCCAGACCACGGACCUGGUGACGGGCAUGUCGCUGGAGGCGGCACUCGACUGGCUCAAGCUGCCCCACCUGCCGCCCAGCGUGACCUUGCGCCCUGUCGCAUGGCUGCAGCACCUCGUCACAUCGUCGUCACAGCAGUGGCACAUGAACUAGUAAUGAGUAGUAAAUAUAUGUAUAUAAAUGGCAA